CCAGUUCCGCAUGUAAUGCCCCAUUUGUUGCUGCGUGAUCACCCUUUGUCUUUGUCACAAAGUCUGCCACAUAAUUCAUAUCAUACUAUUGUAGAUAUUUUUCUUUUUCGGUUUCUUUUCGUUUUGUUCUGAACAUCAAAAACAGCUUCUCUUUUUCAUCAUGGAUGAUUUUGUUCGUGACAAACUACGUCAAUGGAGACUAAGUGCCUGGAUAUACAGAUUUAAAGAUCAAGAAAUCGACACUGAAAGCUUCUUUGGACUGGAAGAUGAAGACAUCAAGGACUUGAUUCCAAAAGUUGGACCAAGGGUUCGAUUCAAGAGGAGACUCAAGUCUUUGAGGCAACAACACAAGCAAAAUCAGGAGACAGAGUUUGUCCCUUCAGAAGAGAUGGAAACCUUGAGCUACCUGAAUGAAUUUUCAGCUUCAACAAGUGGUACAGCAAAGAGAAAGCUGGAACCUGAGUUUGAGUCCAGUGCAGAGAAACCAGCAGCAAAGCAACAUUGUGGAGCAGUGCCGUUUUCAGAAGCAAGGAUAUUGUCUGAUGUUAAAAAGAUAAUGGUGCACAUCCAUAGCAAACUGUUCCAACAGGACAACAACAAGCUCAAUAAUUUCCUGAAGAAUGAAAUCACUAAACUGAGCAUAGACAAGAGGGAGAUGGUUGGUGUCUUUGGUAAAACUGGAGCUGGAAAGAGUUCUUUGAUUAAUGCUGUUAUUGGUCAAGCAAACCUUCUGCCCAUUGGAGAUCUCAACGCUUGUACCUCAGUCAUGAUUAAAGUCGAAGCAAACAUGGAAGACAAAUAUGAGGCAGAGAUUGAGUUUAUCACUAAAGAGGAAUGGCAAGAUGAGGUGUGGUCAAUGUGUCAAUAUCUUUGUGAUCAUAUGGAUCAAGAAAACGAUGAUGAAGAUGGUUGUCAAGAUGAUAGUGAUGAUAAUGAAGAUGAUGAUUAUGAAAACAAGUUGUCAGCACUUUAUGGGAAGGACAGGAAACAAACAAAACCAGAUGAAUUUAUGGAUCCCAAAAACUUCAGAGAGAUCCCAGAGUUUCUUCAAUCCAAAACAAAAACCUUGACCUUUCACUCAGCUGAAAUGCUCUCUGAAGGAAUUGCCAAGUACACAAAAAAUGAUCCAAACCAAGGAGAAGGCAAAAAGCUUAAGAGGUUGUAUUGGCCUCUGGUGAAGUGUGUGACUGUCAAAGUGCCAAACAUUCCUCUUCUUCAGCAUGUUACUCUGGUGGACCUUCCUGGAAAUGGAGACCGUAACAAGAGCAGAGAUCAAAUGUGGAAGGAGAUUGUUGGAAAAUGUUCCACCGUUUGGAUUGUGGCUUUCAUCACCCGAUCAGCAUCGGAAAUAGAAAGCUGGCAGAUUCUGAAAAGUACUGCUAGUCUCAUGGGAAACGGUGGCGAGUGCCAGAACAUUCACUUUAUCUGCACCAAGUCUGACGUUUUUGAAGAUUUUCAACAACACACAGCAGAGGACCGUCUGAACCUCAUACUUGACAGAAACAUGAAGACCAAGGAAGCAGUCAAAGAGGAAUUCAAAAAGCUACACAAUGUGAAGAAACACUUCAGUGAAGAUAAUUUUGAAGUGUUCACAGUGAGCUCUAAGGAGUUUCUGGUAGGAGAACUGAAAGAACACUCUGAAAUACCCAAGCUUCAGAAAGUUUUGCAAGAUCUGAAUGACUGUCACUCAGAGACAUUAAACUAUGUUUCUGGAGCUUAUGGGAUUCUUUCUUUAAUUCAAGGGACCAGUUUAAGAGGAACGGUUGGCAAAACUGAAGAUGUCUAUGAUGAACUUGAGAAAAACAAAAACUCUCAGCUUGAACUAAUCAAAAAAUCACUGGAUGAGACGUACUCAGAUUUUGAAAAAUGUUUGAAUGAAGGUGUUGAAAAAAGCAAAAGUUGCUGUGAAAAUACUUUGAGGACUGUCCUGCAUCCUCGACGGUCCGGCCGUUCCUUCUGGCGGACAUUGCAAUGUGUCGUCCAAAAUGGUGGGAUCUACAAACCCAGAAAGAAGCAGGAAAUUAAUUUAAACAUGAAGCUUACGUCACCCUUGGCUAAUAGCAUUGAUGAGGAAUUCAGAAAGACCUUCCCAACUAAAGGAAAAAAUGGCCCAUUCAAUGGUGUGAUCAACAAGUUUUCACUUGACACUGAAAAGCUAAAAAGUAAAUACAGUGGUGUGGACCUGCUGCUGAACUUUCUGAAGACAGAGGAAGAAAAGAUUCAGUCAGAGUUGAACAAAGUGAUUCGAGAUCGCAAGAAAACAGUGUACAACAGUUUAACAAAAACAAUUGAGGAAAGCAUGAAACCAUGCUACAAGAAGGCUGCUGGUUUUUCAAAAGCUGACACACUGAAAAACAUAAGGGAAACAAUUGAAACCCAUGUCAAAAAAUCAAAGGACACCAUGUUUGACAAGGCUAAAGAUGUUAUGUUGACUGAACUCAAGAGCUUGGAGGACGAUAUCCUGGAAUCGGUGAAAAGUACCAUGGAGGAAUGUUUGGAGCUCUCAUUCAGGACUGACGACCACUCCAUUCCAGAUGUUUCAACUGAGCUUGGAAUAGUGGAGAAACUAUAUGAUGAACUGAAGAGAAACACAAAGGAUGCUGUAAAUUAGGUAAACUGCACUUAUUCAAUGUUACAAGUAUUCUGUUACACGUGGGUCCUGAUUUUCUGACUGCACUGCAAAGAUGAAGAUUUUUUCUAAUU